AUGAGGUGCAUCAAGGCCAAUCGACCGUGUGGUGGUUAUGAAAAUGACGCUUCCCCCGAGUUUCGACAGUAUGAGGCACGGAAUCCAAGUCAGUUGUCGUCGUCGUCCUUGUUGAUAGCGCGAAAAUGCGUUAUACCAAAACGUGUCCCGAUUCCGGGCACCGACAUACUCCCGGAGGACGCCAUCCCGCCGGAGACUUCGGAGGAGGACAGUAACAUGCUAGCACUGCGAUGUUUCCUGUACGACUACUACAUGAUCUCGGCCAAUCGAAGCCUCUCCAGGAGUUACCUAUCCGGCUUGGAUGAGUUGACUCACCGUCUCGGGCCCAAGUCCGACCUCGCGAAAGCUUGCCAGGUCGUUGCGUUUGCGAGCCACGCGAAGCCAUUACACAGGCCUCGAUUCAUACGCAAGUCUGGCAUUUUCUAUCAGGAGCUCCUCGCGUCCUUGGCUAGGGCCAUAGAAGGCUCCCGUUCGGGGAAUAGUGUGGAACUAAAGGUGAUCGCUAUGUCGUUGGGGCUUUAUCAGAUAGUUAUGGCCAAUGAGACUGGCCCAGGCGAUCAUGACGCCCAUGCUAAGGGUCUAUCGGCCCUUUGGGGAACUACACACUUGCCCCUGAACCCCUUAGUCACGACCCUGUGUAGUUCAACCAAAACGUUGCAAAUCAGCAAUUACUCUAAUGUGUUUUCUGUCCCAGCAUUAUGCAGCCCGGGGGAUAGCUUAGAGCACCUAUUAUUCCACCUUCACCUAGUAUGGGCAAAGUUCGAAGUUGUCAUUGCGUCGAAAGACUUGGAAACCCUGAAAGUCCAAAGCCUCGCUCUUGAUCAACGUUUCGCCAUGUGGGAAGAAACUCGCGUUGACUUAUUCAAACCGACUGUAAUCGGACAUGUGAGACCAGGCCGAUAUGAGUCAGAAGUUCAAGUAGGCGCUUGGCCAGGCAAAGUCGACACGUACUUCGACCUUUAUGUCGCUGGCGUUUGGAACAUAUUCCGAACGGCUCGACUUCUACUCGUUGCCCUCAUUAUCGAACUUUCAAACAGUCUCGCAGAAUAUGACAGCUGUACUGAUCAUAUUCGUACUGCGAAUCGUAUAGCUCAGGAUAUGGUUGCGUCAGUUCCAUACCACCUAGCAGAUAACCUGCAGGUAUUUCUCAAUGAGAAAGAGACAAGUGGGGGGAUAACGGAUCCUGGGCGGUUUCUCGGAGGGCUGCUGCUCAUGCAUCCGCUAUACGUUGUUUCUAAGAUGCCUUUCCUUUCUGAAACGCUGCGAAAGUACUUUCGCAGCUGUCUUUUAUGGAUUGGAUCGGAAAUGGGUGUAGGACAGGCUACUUUAUUUGCAAAUGCCUCGGAUAUCGACAGAGAUUAUUUAGCAAGCGGAUGUAUCAUCAUAUGGUCCGGCUUCCUCAUGUAG